GAAUCAUCACCUAUCAUCUGAAAAGUCACAAGACAAUUUUUCUGUCGUCGGAAAAUUCGUCGUAAGGGAACAUCGAAAUUUUCUCCCAGAUUUCAUAGAGUUUUCAGCGUUUUCCUUAGAAAACAGUUGAUCCUUUCGUUUCUGUCCUUUGUACGUAGCCUAAAGUAAUCCAAGAUGACCGACAACGUUCAGGAUUUGAUGUCCUCACUCCCCGAGGAAAACAUUGAUAUGAUUGCGGCGACGAGUGCCUUGCAACAACAGGCCGGUGAUAUUCGUCAGAAUAAGCCUAAUUGGCAAUCAUACAAACAGUCCCAGAUGAUUUCUGAGGAGGAUUAUCAGUGCAUAUCCGCCUUGGACAGUGAAAAGAAGGCGCAGUACCUUCAGCAGAAUCCAUCGCAGUGCGCUAAGACGUUCCUAAGUCUGCUGUCGCACGUGUCGAAGGACCAGACUAUCCAAUAUGUGCUGGUGAUGAUCGACGACAUUCUCCAGGAGGACAGAUCACGGGUCGAUAUCUUCCAUGACUAUGCGGCCAAACGUAAGGAGAGCGUGUGGGGACCCUUCCUGAACCUGCUUAAUCGUCAAGAUGGAUUUGUUGUUAACAUGUCGGCCCGGAUCCUGGCCAAAUUGGCAUGCUGGGGACGCGAAUUGAUGCCCAAAUCUGAUUUGAACUUUUACUUACAGCUUCUCAAAGAUCAGCUGACGAUCAAUGCAAAAAGCUACAUCAGAGAAAUGGCUGAGAUCUCGAAAAGGAUGACGGUUGUGGUGCACCACAUCCACGGUCACCAUCAUCAUCACCAUCCUCAUCAGGCCAGUAACCAGCAACUGCUUCAGCAGCAGCAUCAUUUGGCUAUCUCACAAAAAAGCAACGAGUACAUCCAAUCGGUUGCUCGAUGCCUGCAAAUGAUGCUCCGCGUGGAUGAAUAUCGUUUGGCCUUUGUCUCCGUUGAUGGAAUUAGCACAAUUAUUGAUAUCUUGUCAUCAAGGGUUAAUUUCCAGGUUCAAUAUCAACUCAUCUUCUGUUUGUGGGUAUUGACUUUCCAUCGCCUGUUAGCCGAACGAAUGAACAAGUUCAACGUUAUUCCAAUUCUGGCUGAUAUCCUGAGUGACAGCGCAAAGGAGAAGGUCACUCGCAUUAUUUUGGCUGUUUUCCGCAAUUUAAUCGAAAAACCCGAAGAACCACAAAUCGCCAAGGAGCAUUGCAUUGCCAUGGUACAGUGCAAAGUGUUGAAACAACUAUCAAUCUUAGAGCAACGCCGCUUCGACGACGAGGACAUUACAGCUGAUGUUGAAUUCUUAACCGAAAAACUCCAAAAUUCUGUCCAAGAUCUAAGCUCGUUCGAUGAGUACGCCACAGAAGUGAAGAGUGGCCGCUUGGAAUGGUCGCCUGUCCAUAAAUCAGCCAAAUUCUGGCGCGAGAAUGCACAACGUUUGAAUGAGAAGAACUACGAACUGUUGAGAAUUUUAGUUCAUUAUUUGGAAACAUCAAAGGAUACACUUGUUCUGUCUGUUGCUAGUUUCGAUAUUGGCGAAUAUGUACGACAUUACCCAAGAGGAAAGCAUGUCAUCGAGCAAUUGGGUGGCAAACAAUUGGUCAUGCAACUUCUUAGUCAUGAGGAUCCAAAUGUUCGAUACGAGGCACUCUUGGCCGUUCAAAAAUUGAUGGUGCACAAUUGGGAAUAUUUGGGUAAACAACUUGAGAAGGAGAACGAAAAGAAUGCCGCCCCCGCUAAGCCCGGCGCAGCGCCAAUCAGUGGCAAGGCUUAAGCUAGGAUGUAUAGGAAUGAUAGUAACGUGUACCGCGACGUAAGAAAGUACACUUAAACAGAAGGAGCCAAGUUGUUUGUAGCUAUAAAAAACAGAAAUUCUAAUAUCGACUCUAUCAAUAAACAAAAUAGUUCUUGUCAAAUUGGCAAUUAUUUCGCCGUUUCUACUUUGUUCAUUUUCCUUUGAAAGUUUUUACCAAGUGUUACAGUUGGAGUAAAAGGACACUUCUAAAUUCUAAUGAACAAUCAUGUAAAUAAGGUCAUUCCAUUUCGAUCAAUAUUAGAGAGAAUAAAUACGAUGUCGUUUCCUUGAUGUCAUAAAGGGAUCCAGUAAUGUCACAAUAGUAGGCAGCCAUAUUCGAUGUAACAGCAGAAGCGAUUAAAAUGUAUUAUUGGAAAUCGAAGUAACCACACAAACUCAUAUUUCUUUAUGCCCGAGAGUAUUAUUAAACUAAUAUUCUGUGUUAUUCACUUGUUGUUUUCAUUUUGUUUUUAUGAAUUGUAUUCGUCGGUUAUGAGAACGCCAUGUGCAAUUUUACUUUCUAUUUUUUUUUCUUCUUUGUUUUCAUGACUAUUAUCUAAGAGAAUAUUUUGAAAAUGUUAAUAAAGAGUUUCAAAAGCUUUAA